AAAACAAGCAAGAUAUCCAAGCAACGGCUCUCUCCUGCGCAAGAAGACUUCCUUGCAGACUGGUUGACUGCCUUCGCCCAAGAGAUACUUCUUGAGGGCGGCGAUAUUGAGUCCCUGAGCCCCCGCUGGAUCGACCGCUAUUUGAAGCGCAACCCUCGCGUUAAAACGAAGAAUUCGACCUUGUUAGAGAGUGCUCGAGUCCGUGGAUCUACUCGUGAGGCGUAUGAAGAUUUCUAUGGCCGUUUGAAGUACCAAAUCGACUCUGUAACGGGCUGA